AUGGCGCUCUUUGUGUUCCUGAUAUUUCUGCUACUACCUGAGACUGUGUCCAACAUCCCAGUUGCUACAUGUAAUAUCUGUUACCCUCUGCCAAUACGCCACCAGUAUUAUCAGCCAGGGGAUCUCAUCAUUGCUGGCAUUAUUUCUCAAGCCUAUAUAUUUUCCGACCCUGUGACUUUCAAUCAACACCCGUCUCAUAAUCUCCUGGAUGACAUUGGCCAUUUUCUUCAAAGUGGUACUUUACUUGCUUCUCUGGAGCUUCUCUCCACAUGGAACAACUUUAUCCCAAACUACAAGUGUAAUACUAAAGAUAAUAUUAUGGCAGUCGUUGGAGGACCAGAUUCAGAUGUGGGUUUCUUUAUGGCAACCAUUCUGAGCAUCUACAAGAUACCUCAGUUCACUUAUGGUUCUGGUCCAGUAAUAAAUGACCAAUCCCAAAAUGUUUUUUCCUUACGGAUGUUCCCUAGUAGGAAGCAUCAAUAUUUCGGAAUCCUACAACUGCUGCUUCUUUUCAGGUGGACGUGGAUUGGAGUUAUUUUUAUAGAUGAUGACAAUGGGUUGAGAUUUGUACACACAAUACUGCCCAAGUUUUCCAAGAAAGGCAUCUGCUUUGAUUUUAUAAAAACUUUGCCUACACUGUAUUUUCCUUCUGAUGUUGGUGAGAUGGUGGAUGGAUGGAUCAAAAUAUACAAGGUGAUUAGCAAUAGCACAGCCAAUGUUGUGCUCAUACAUGGAGAAAUUCACACUAUGAUCUUUUUGAGGAUGUUCCCUCACGUUUCAGAAUUUGAGAACAUACCCAUCAAGACCAAGAGCAAAGUCUGGAUUAUGACAGCCCAGAUGGAAUUCACAUCAGUUCCCUUUCUCAAAAACCUUGAGGUUAAUGUUAUCCAUGGUGCUCUGUUGGUCGCCUUUCAUUCAGCUGAUGUGAUGGGAUUUCAAACAUUUCUUAAAAGAAGAAACCCAAAUGCAGAAAAUGGAGAUGGUUUCAUCAAGGACUUUUGGCAACAGGCCUUUAAUUGUCACUUCUGUUCUCCAAGAGGACCCAAGAUUGUCGGAGAUGUCUGCACUGGGGAGGAGAAGGUGGAGACACUGCCUAGGUCAGUUUUUGAAACCACUAUGACUAGUCACAGCUACAGCCUCUACAAUGCAGUUUACACUAUGGCCCAUGCUUUGCAAUCCAUGGAUUCAUCCCAGUUGAACUCCAGAAUGACAGCAGAGAUAAAAAGAAGGAAUUCCAUCAGAAAAGAGCCAUGGCAGCUCCACCAUUAUUUAAAAAGCCUCUCAUUUAACAAUAGUCUUGAGGAAAGAGUUUCUUUUGAUGAAAACAGGGAACUGAAGGCUGGGUUUGAUAUUAUCAAUUGGGUGACAUUCCCAAAUCAGACCUUUCUUCGUGUCAAGGUGGGAAAUAUUGAUCCCCUUGCUCCAAAGGACAAAGUCUUCUCCAUUUCUCUAGAUGCCAUUGUGUGGCCCAGGCCAUAUCAUAAGGAACCACCCUCUUCCUUGUGUAAUGACUUUUGCCAUUUGGGUCACAGGCGGAUAAAAAAAGAAGGCAACCCUUUUUGCUGUUAUGAUUGCUUUCCAUGCCCAGCUAGGAUGAUCUCAAGCCAGAUGGAUAUGGAUUCUUGCACUCCAUGUCCAGAAGAUCAUUAUCCAAACAAAGAGCAAGAUCACUGCGUUCCCAAAGAUAUCAGUUUUCUGAGAUAUGGAGAACCUUUAGGGAUCAGCCUGACCACUCUUUCUCUUUUCUUUUCUUGCACCAUGGGUCAAAUAUUUUGGAUCUUCCUUAAAUACAGAGAAACUCCCAUCGUCAAAGCCAACAAUCGGAACCUCACCUAUACCCUGAUCAUUUCCCUCCUGCUCUCUUUUCUUUCCCCUUUGCUUUUUGUUGGUCAACCAGAACAGGUGAGGUGCCUGCUUCGCCAAACUACUUUUGGCAUUAUCUUUUCAGUGGCAAUUUCUUGCAUUUUGGCCAAAACUCUCAUUGUAGUUCUGGCCUUUAUGGCCACCAAACCAGGCUCUAGAAUCAGGAAAUGGUUGGGAAAACCACUGGCCCAGUCCAUCAUCUUCUCCUGUUCCCUUACUCAAAUCACUAUUUGUGCGGUGUGGCUGGCAACCUUUCCUCCAUUCCCUGAUGUUGAUAUGUACUCUCUGACUGAAGAAAUUGUCUUGGAAUGCAAUGAGGGUUCAACUAUCAUGUUCUGCUGCAUGCUGGGUUUUAUGGGCUUCCUGGCCAUGAUCAGCUUCACUAUGGCUUGCCUAGGAAGAAAGUUACCAGACAAUUUCAAUGAAGCCAAAUUCAUCACCUUCAGCAUGAUGGUCUUCUGCAGUGUUUGGCUCUCCUUUGUUCCAGCCUAUCUCAGCACCAAGGGGAAAUAUGUGGUAGCUGUGGAGGUCUUCUCCAUCUUGGCUUCUGGUGCUGGUUUACUAGGUUGCAUUUUCUCUCCCAAAUGCUACAUCAUCUUGAUCAGGCCUGAGCUGAAUGAUAGAAAGUACCUGAUGAGAAGGAAAUAA